AUGCUCACUAAGGUGUUUUAUUUGGUUCUUUCGCUAGCUGUCGGUGCACAUCUGUUUAAUUACUUCUUAGGUGAUCAGUUCGAGGAUUAUUUGAAAGGAGGAACCUAUGAAAAUGAAAUGUUGGGGGCUGCUGCCGGUAAUAAAUGCAAUCGGUAUGAUAAGUUGCUGGGCAACACCGAGGAGUACAUUUUCAACAAGAUAGUACAAAACGAAAGUUACAGAAACGCUACUGCCUAUAAAUUGGCUCGUGCUGUUCAAGUGGAUACAACAAUAGAAGAUGAUUACCCAAAUCCAGAAUUUCAACCAGACUUUCCAGGAUGGGUGAAGUUUAAGAAACUGCACGCUCAAUUAGAAAAGGAUUUCCCAUUGGUUUGGUCAAAUCUAAAGGUGGAAACGGUCAAUGGUUAUUCGUUGUUGCUUACCUGGGAAGGUUCUGAUGCUUCUUUGAAACCCAACUUGUUCAUGGCUCAUGAAGAUACAGUCCCUAUUGACAAUGCUACGGUAGAUCAAUGGGAGCAUGCUCCAUUCUCUGGGGAUUUCGACGGUACUUACAUAUGGGGUCGUGGUUCAAUUGAUGACAAAAAUAUGUUGAUUGCAAUGUUGGAAAGUGUCGAAUUCAUCUUGCAAAAUGAACCGGACUUUAAGCCAAAGCGUGGAUUACUGCUCGCGUUAGGUGCAGAUGAAGAAAUAUCAGGGUAUUUUGGAAACGCAUAUAUCAAAGAUAUCCUUCUAGAAAGAUAUGGUGAAGACGGUGUUUACUCUAUUGUCGAUGAAGGUGGUAUUGGUAUUAGCAAAUUGGGAGAUAUUUGGGUUGCAUCACCAGCUACUGGUGAGAAGGGUCAAUUGAACUUACACUUCAAAGUUAACGGCGCGGGUGGCCAUGCUUCUGUUCCACCAGACCACACUACUGUUGGUAUUGCCUCUGCUAUUAUUGCUGAAAUCGAAAGUCAAAAAUUCCCUCAAUUAUAUACUGAGCAUAAUCCAAUUGCAAAAUUAAUGCAAUGUGCAGCAGACAACUCACAUAUGUUACCACCAAGUUUGAAAAAAGAUAUUAGACAUGCCACUAGGGAUGAAGCUGCUAAACAGAGAGUUCUAGGUUUUAUUAACAGAAUGGGUGGUAAAUUAGUCUCUUAUUUAUUCCGUACCUCCCAAGCAGCUACAAUUGUCGAUGGUGGUGUUAAGGCUAACGCAAUUCCAGAAACUACUGACUUCAACAUCAAUUCAAGAAUCUCAGUCGAGUCUUCCGUCCAAGAAACAAUCGACAAGCUAGUCUCCCAGGCAAUGGUAGUUGUCAAGAAAUUUGACCUAGGUUUGACGGUGUUAGGAAAGGAAAUUUUGCCAAAGACUGCCAAUGGUGACGUUAUAGUGUCCGUUCUUAACAAAUUAGAGCCAGCUCCAGUUUCACCAACCAACGAGGUAUGGUCUGAAUUUGCUGGUUCAAUUAAAGGUUUCUUUGAAGAUAUAAUAUUCCCAAACAAAUUGCAACAGCAAGUCGAUCUUAUCGUCGCUCCAUCGGUGAUGCCAGCUAACACUGACACAUGGCAUUAUUGGCAAUUGACCAAGAAUAUUUAUAGAUUCCAACCUGCUUUAGUCAAUUUGGAAUUGGUCUCUCAUAUCCAUUCUUCUAAUGAGCACAUUGACUUAGACACAUUGAUGUAUGCCGUGGGUUUUUUCUACAACUAUAUUCAUGUUAUUAAUAAAUAA